UUCUAAUUUUCAAGCCCAGCUGAGGAAACACCUUUCGGAAGAAAAAGGAAGAGAAAAAAAAAGGGGGGAAAAAGUCAUGGCCGCCGAUUUGCAGUUACCGCCGGGAUUUAGGUUUCAUCCAACGGACGACGAGCUUGUGACGCAUUAUUUGUGUCGUAAAUGUGCGUCGCAGCCGAUUUCGGUGCCGAUUAUUGCUGAAAUCGAUCUUUACAAAUAUAAUCCAUGGGAUUUGCCUGAAAGGGCUUUGUAUGGAGAGAAAGAGUGGUAUUUCUUUUCACCGAGAGACCGGAAGUAUCCGAACGGUUCGAGGCCGAACCGGUCGGCUGGGAGUGGGUAUUGGAAGGCGACCGGAGCUGAUAAACCGAUAGGACGGCCGAAGCCGGUUGGGAUUAAGAAGGCUUUGGUUUUUUAUUCUGGCAAAGCUCCUAAGGGUGAGAAAACCAAUUGGAUCAUGCACGAGUACCGGCUCGCUGAUGUGGACCGCUCGGCUCGCAAGAAGAAUAGUCUAAGGCUUGACGAUUGGGUACUAUGUCGCAUAUACAACAAGAAGGGGGCAAUCGAGAAACAGCACCCGCCGGAGAUGAGCACGAUUGGAUUCUUUGAAAAUGAGGAACAAGAGGAAAAGCCGGAAAUUCUGAAUGACAGAGCAAUUUCUGGGCGAAUCCCGUCGGCAUCUCCUUUGCAAGGUCCGCCAUCGUCUGGCGUAGUUAACGAUUACGUGUACUUCGACCCGUCAGAUUCAAUUCCUCGUCUUCAUGCGGACUCGAGCUGCUCGGAGCACGUGGUGUCGUCGGAGUUCACGAGUGAAGUACAGAGCGAGCCUAGAUUGAAAGAAGAGUACUGUGGAUUAGGAUUCCAGUAUAAUUACAUGGACAGUUCAUUGGACAACGCAUUCUGUGCUCAAUUUCCUACGUUAAAUCAGAUGUCGCCAUUGCAGGAUAUGUUCAUGUACAAGCCAUUUUGAAUUUGAAUUGGACAUGUCAUGUCAGGAAUUGAGUUGAUGGAAUUGUACGGUGGCUCGAGACGACGGUGGUCGAUGACUGCGCCGUGGGAUAAUUUGCAAUCGCAAUAAGAAAAAUCAGGUCGGCGGGGAUUGAAAAUUUUAGCGAUGAGCGAUUUUAGCACGUGUGUUGUCGAUUGUACAUAGCGUGUCAAACGUGCCAGUUAAUGGAAAAAACGUUUUAAAUAUUGUUAAA